GUUCUACAACAUGGGUGGAACCCAAAAUGGGAAAGCCGUGGCAAAUGGAAAGGCAAAAAACGGAAACAUUACGGAAAAAGUCAUCAAGUUGGAUCCAUGUCCAAAGCCAGCGUUCUACGUAUUUUGGCUUGUCCAAUUGAAUAUUACAAUGAUGCUUGUAGGAGCAAUGGUUGCCACUUUAUUCGAUAAAUGGGGAAUUGUGAAGACAAAACGAUCAAAAGGAGACCCCAGAAUGGAGAGCUUUCAACCACUUGGAAACAGUUUCGAUGCCACGUACACAGAUCAUAUCUAUCGACAAUCGACGGAUGUUGUUAAUCGGCCAAUUAGUGGAGUUCCUGGAGCAAUUGUUAGACUGAAAGAUAGAUAUACUGACGAUCAUGGAUGGACACAAAAAUACACGGGUACUGAAUCAGAAGUGAUCAACCUAGGAUCUUACAAUUAUCUCGGCUUCUCGCAUCGAUCUGGAGUAUGUGCCGAGGCAGCUGCUGCUCAUAUUGACAAGUAUGGAAUUAAUUGUGGUGGAUCUCGACAGGAAAUUGGUAACCACGUUGCACACAAAUCAGUUGAAAGUACAAUUGCCCAAUAUCUGAACGUCGAAGAUGCGAUUGUUUUCCCGAUGGGAUUUGCCACGAACUCAAUGAAUAUUCCAUCACUUGUUGAUAAAGGAUCGUUGAUUCUUUCUGAUCGCCUUAAUCAUGCUUCAUUGGUUACUGGAUGCAGACUCUCCGGAGCACAUACAGUGGUUUUUCGUCACAACGAUGCGAGUGAUUGUGAACGAAAACUGCGGGACGCGUUGUGUGGAGUUAGCCCAAAAACUGGGGAAAAAUACAAUAAAGUGCUCAUUAUUAUUGAAGGCAUUUAUAGUAUGGAAGGAACAAUUGUCAACUUGCCAGCAUUCAUUGCUGUCAAAAAGAAGUACAAUUGUUAUCUGUUCCUUGAUGAAGCACACAGUAUCGGCGCCGUAGGGCCUAGUGGAAGAGGAGUUGCCGAGUAUUGGGGAUGCAAUCCAAGAGAUAUUGAUAUUAUGAUGGGUACUCUCACGAAAUCAUUUGCAUCGGCUGGAGGAUAUAUGGGAGGAUCAAAGAAAGUCAUCGAUCACAUUCGUCGAUACUCUGCUGGAACUUGCUACGGAGUUACAAUGUCUCCACCACUUAUUGCUCAAGUCGAGAGAGCAGUUUUGAUCAUGUCUGGAAAAGAUGGUACAGAUAUUGGCCGACAGAAAGCAAUUCAACUACUCGAAAAUUCUCGAUACUUCAGAAAAGAGCUUCGUAAACGAGGAUUUUUGGUGUAUGGAAACAAUGAUAGUCCAGUUGUUCCAUUAAUGACGUUUUAUAUUACAAAAGUUGUUGAAUUUUCGCGAAGAAUGUUGAAACAUAAUAUUGGAAUUGUUGCCGUUGGAUAUCCGGCAACUCCACUUUUGGAAGCACGUGUUCGGUUCUGUUUGAGUGCCGAUCACACGAAAGAGCAUCUUGAUUAUAUUCUUGAAGCUGUAGAACAAGUUGGUAUGGAAACAGGUACAUUUUACGGGACGAAAAUCGUCGACGAGUAACAUUUUCUAGGAGUAUUUAUUAACUAUCCUCGUUAUUUGUCAGUUCUUCCCUGUUUCACUUCUACAUAUAUAUUCCCAUUACCCCAAUUCUUGCCCUUUGAAUAAUUUUUUUUCUGACUUUUAUUUUUUAUCUACCAAAAACUAUCGAAUUCCUAGGAUCUUCUUCUUAUAUAAAUUUAAAUUUUCUCUUUUUCUAUUUGUUUGUUUUAUGUAUUUUCCCAUUGUUUUUUACACUUAUUUCUUUCUAGGCAAACAAUUUUCAUGACAUUUCCCACCAAUUCUGCCUUCCUCCAACGCCAUGCAAGGCAAACUUGAAAAACAGUUUUGAAUGUAUUGAUUAUUCACAACAACAUAAAAUUUAAUAAAAAUUAUAAAUUUU